AAAUCUGCCUCUGCUUCACUACAACUCCCAGCAGCCAUCGCGCCGUCGCCGUCAGAGCCUCCGUCAGCGAAGAAGAGCAGCUGCAGGUGAAGAUGAUGAAGAGUAAAGCUGAUGAGGAAGACUACUGGAACAGCUCAAAGUUUAAAGCUUUCACCUUCGAUGAUGAAGACGAUGAGUUCAGCCAGCUGAAGGAGUCGAAGCAGGCGGUGAACAGCAUCCGCCGGUUGGUGGAGGAAGACGAUGAUGAGGACGAUGUGGAGAAGGUCAGCUGGAGCGGAGAACCGGUGGGAAGUAUCUCCUGGUCAGUCAGAGAGACGGCAGCGUCCAAUCAGAGGACAGACAGAGAGCCCGCCUUCCCCAGAAUCAACACCGACACGCCAACAAUCGCCAAGAGCAACUCAGGGUACUCUCUGAGCUCUCUGUUCAAAGGAAAAACGAAAGGAGGAAACUUCCCGUCUUUCACUGAGUCGUUCAGCGACUCGUCUGUCAGGCUCUAUGCUCCAGAGCUCCGAAAACCCAAAUCUGAAUGCAAGGAUUACAUCAGUGAUUGGUCACCUGAGGACACGGUCCAGAGAAUGCAACAAGGAAAGGUUGUUUCUCUGGAGAAGUUUCGUUCUCUUCAGGACAAACUGCUGCUACUGGAUUUCGCUGUCAGCGCUCAUGAUGGAAACGUCAUCACUGCUGUUUUAAUUUAUUUAAAGAGGACUCUGAGUAAAGACGUUUUGUUUCGGGAGCUGGAGUCCAGACAGACGGCUCUGAGACAUUUCAUCCACUACCUGACUGAAACCGGUGACCAGAGGCUCCUGAUGGAGCUGCUCAGAGCUCAGGGCAGGACGGAGGACGUGGCGCUGCUGCAGUAUAAGGAACACCUGAGCAUCGCAGAUGAAAAUAAGAGGCGGGACUUCCUGAAGAGCUGCCUCAGUCUUCCGUUCUCUCCAGAAGAUUCGGCUCACGUUCAGGACCACUACACUCUGCUGGAGAGGCAGAUCAUCAUCGAGGCAACAGACCGGCAGGCUGAACGUGGGGGGAAGGUGGAAAUCUUCCAGAAGUUUCCCAGAAGAGCUUCGAUCCUCAACAUGCCGCUGAUCACCACGCUGUACUACUGCUGCUUCUACCACUACACCGAGUCUGAGGGGACCUACAGCAGUCCGGCCAACAUCCGUCAGACCUUCAGGAUUUCAGAGAAGCAGUACUUUGUGACAGCGUUGGCGGCGAGGGCGAAGCUGAAGGCGUGGUUUGACGUGGACGCGCUGUUCACCAGCAGGAACUGGCUCGGUUUCACCAGGAAGAAGUGUCCGCUCGGCUUCCAGCGUGUCGUCGACAUCCUGCAUAAGAACUCCGCCCCCACACAGGUGCUGCAGGAGUACGUGGGUCUGGUCAGUGAUGCCGACCUGAAGAUCAGUUUGGCUCAGAAACAUAAAUGUCACGACAUCGUCAUCAACACGUACCGAGACCUGAAGGACCGGCAGCUGUUGCUAGGAUACAGAGGGAAGGUGGAGAGGGGUUCAGCGGAGGAGAGGAAGAUCAAUGAACUGCUCAACAACCCGCAAAUCCGCUGGAAGAACUGACGACGCCGCUUCAGAAUAUCAAAGACUUUUCUUUCAAACAAGUGUGACAGUUUCCUGUGAGAGGAGCCGAGCCUCCAUCACCACGGCAACAGGACCGUCCAAUCAGUUCACAUCUGCUUUUGUCUCAUUGGAUGCCUAGAAAAUCAUUUGUUUUGACUCCGCCCCCUGAGACGGAGGGGGUGGAGCUUAUUAUUCUGCUGAGUCAUCGCUUCAACAUUCCUCAUGUUUUUAUUCAAAUAAAAAACUUCAAAAACA